AUGUCCCGCUACGACACCCCCACCACCUCCGAGAUCGCUAUGGCGCACGCCAUCGAAGCGGACAUCGAAGCCCGCAAGAUCCAGAAAGACAUCGUGAAAGCUCAGCGCAGGCUCUGCGCGCUCAGCCGCGCGCAGCUUCUCCGCUUGGCCAAGACGCAGACGCACGCGCUCUACAGACACCUCGCGGACGCGCAGAUUGUGGCGCUGCUCUGUCGGCGCGUGGAGAGGGGGAAGGCGAUCGGCUGGCACGCGAUACGCUCGACUGAGAAGGGUCUUCGGCGCUCGAGCGCUGACCACGGCAAAUGCAAAAGCAGAGGUGUAGGAAAGGGGAAGGGAAAGGCCAUCGACAGAGCAAAGGGCAAGGGGAGAGAGAAAAAACACCUCUCCUCCCUCUCGCGCAUCCUGCGCUCCCCUUCGCGCCAGCGGCAUGCUGUGCCGUUUUCCUCGCGCUCCAAGCCCCACUCGGAAUCGAAGGCGAGGAGACAGCGUCUGAAAGACGAGUAUUAUCAGCGGCAACUGCUUCACGCGCCGGAUCCAUCGCAGGUUGCUGGGCCGAGCCGUUUGCCGGCUGUCUUGCGUCCUUCCCAGUCUCGGUCUCGGGCCCGUGAGGAGGGAGUACAUGGGCGCGAGCGGGAGUGGCGGGGGAUCGCAGGGGCGGGGAGCGGGGGUAGACGGAAUGAUCCCGACAAUGGCAGCCCCGACGGCCCAGCCAACGGCCCACACGCCCGCACCCUCCGCACCUCCCUCCACACCGCCCUCUCCACCGCCCGCACCUCGCUCACCCGCGCGCGCGAACAGCGCCAUCGCGUAGCAUCGCUCCGCACGGACGCACAGCGCGCGGAAUACGAGCUGUACAUCGCGCAGGUGCGGCGGGCGCGGAUGGAGCGCGAGCUUGUGUUUUUCCGGGACUGGGAGGAGGGUGUAAGGCCGGUGGUGGGUGUUGAGGAGAUGAAGGAGGGGGAGGAGCCGGAGGGCGGGAUGAGGGGGUAUGGGUAUGGGGAAAGGGAUGCGGCGUAUGGGGAGUGGAAGAGGGGGGUGAGGGAGAAGAGGGAGGAGAGGAGGGUGGCUGAGGGGAGGGAGGGAGAUGAUGAUGAAGAGGAGGAGGAGACGGACGAGGAGGAGUGGUUGGAGAGGGAGCAUGAGAUGGUUCGGACGGGGGAGUUUGCGAGGGAUCCGAAUGAGGAUUAUUUGUUUGGAGAUGAAGACGAGGAGGAGGAAGAUGAGAGUGAUCAGUCAUAG